AUGGCUGCUAGAUUACUACCCUUGUUCUUAGCUAUAAUAUCCCUGCUGAUGAUUUCGUCCUUGAUCAGGUCCUUAGAAGGCUCUGGAAUUGGGAUCUACUGGGGCCAAAAUGGUGACGAAGGAGACCUGUAUGAGACAUGCAACAGACGCACCUAUGACUACGUGAUUAUUGCCUCUCUAGCAACUUUUGGCAGUGGCCAAACACCAGUCUUGAACUUAGCUGGCCAUUGUAUCCCAAGCCCCUGCACCUUCCUAAGUUCUCAGAUCCAAUUCUGCCAGAGCCUAGGCAUCAAAGUGUUUCUUUCCCUUGGUGGGGGUGGUAGUGGGAGGCCUGUUCUUUCUUCCCCGGAUGAUGCUCGCGAAAUUGCAGCCCAUCUCUGGAAUAAUUUUUUGAGUGGUCAGUCAUACUCUCGUCCAUUAGGUGAUGCUAUUUUAGAUGGUAUAGACUUUGAUAUUGAAAGUGGAUCAAACUUGUAUUGGGAUGAUCUCGCCUGGGCACUCUCGAAUUAUAGCACACCUGAAAGAAAGGUGUACUUAUCUGCAGCACCACAAUGUCCCCUUCCUGACUAUUACCUUGACCGUGCUAUCAGAACUGGCGUCUUUGACUACGUGUGGGUGCAAUUUUACAAGAAUCCUCCUUGUCAGUAUAGUCUAGGCGAUACUAAUAACCUCUUCAAUAGUUGGAGUGAAUGGGCUUCAUAUCCAGGCGUUAAUACAUCAUUCCCAGCUGUUAAUACAUCAUUAAGCCUGGGAUUACUUGCAGCUCCUGAGGCCGCACCUAGUAGCGGUUACAUCCCACCUCAAGUGCUAAUUGAUCAGGUUCUUCCCUUUGUGGAGCAGAUUUCCAACUAUGGAGGGGUCAUGCUAUGGAGCAAAUACUAUGACACUUAUUACAGUGAGUUAAUCAGGUCCUAUGUUAACCCCGAUGUUCUGGCUUAUGAUAAAAAAGUCCAUGAUGAAGUUCUAUGCCAUCGACUAAGUUCCUCUCGUUAUCUAUUGAGAGAUGAAAUGUAA